AUGGUGACUGGAAUUGAGGCCACUGGCGUCGUGCUGGCUCUCCUACCCUUACUUGUUAACCAACUUGAUAACUACGUGCAGGGCUUGGAGACGCUCAAGAGCUUUAGAGCAAAGAGAUACCUGAGAGAGUUGGAGAGCUAUCGCACUAAUUUGGGAACACAAAAAGUUAUUUUCCUCAACACGUUGGGUCUCGCAUUGAGGGACACUCUGGUAGACGAUAAAUCCAUCAUCAAAGCGUGGAUCAGAAAUCCACAGGAGGACAAAUGGGUGGGACGGGUUAUCCACGAGACACUUCAAACGAGGCUUGGGCCGAGCUUUGAGCCUUUUAUGAGGACAACAGGGGAACUGUCCAAUUUAUUGGAGGACUUAUCCAACAAAUUGGGUUCAGAUCAAGACACACGUCCGUUGGGCUCUGAGUCCGAAUCUUUCAUCAAGAGAAGUGUCAAAAAGUUCCGCGAUAUAUUCUCAAAAAGCAUAUAUGCCGGCCUCCUGAGCCGCAUCCACACUACAAAUACCAUCCUGAAAACACUGGUAGACCAGUCCUUUCAACACCACACGAAAGACAACGACAAAUGGAAGUUACGACAGCCACUCUCAGUGCAGAAAAGCCGGCGAAAAUUGGCCCUAAGUCUCUAUAGUGCUAUUUUGAAUGGAGACUGCUGGAAUUGCCCUUGCAAAGACCGGCAUUCUAUUCGUUUCGUCCUCGAUAUUUCAGUACCGGACUUGCUUGGAACGCCACACCAGCCUUCAAAUCAUACAUUUCGAAUGACGUUUACGUCGAAGAGAUGCACUACCUCGGCCGACGCUAGGAGCUGCUGGCACGAAGUUGAGGCUGAGUCAAUUGAGAUCUCAGAUCCAGCCUCAACAUAUUGUACGUGCCCUUGUCCCAGCAGAGCACAGCUGACACCGAGCGACACGAAUAAACAAAAAGCGAAACCAAGCUGUCAACUCAACCAUUCUGAGCUGAAGGCCCGAGACCCCUUAGGCAGUAAAGGCGAGACCCCAGUACCCACGAUAUCAGACCUUUGCUCCACGAUAUUUGCCGUCAGCUUUCAUGAUAAGCAACGAGAACUCCUUGGCUGCAUCGCGGACAAAAGAUACCGGCACCAUAUGUACCAUGUCCGGAGCAUUGCUGAUGACCUACAAUCACAUUCACAAUCCCUUGAGGAACUCAUAGCAACUUCGUCAACAUUUCCCCAACCUCUGCUGCAAGGCAAAUACAUAUUCAGUCGCCGUGAUCGACUAAUUCUCGCCGUGAACCUUGCAUGCAGUGUCCUGCAGUUCCAUGGCAACUGGCUGCGCAAAUAUUGGAGAGCACGGGACAUCAAGUUCAUGAAAGAGAAAUUUGACCCAUCCGAACACCCAUAUGUCGUGUGUGACAUUGCAGGCGAGCCGAGUAUGGACGAGAAUAAGGAAUCAUCACCGCUCAUACGGAGCGAAGUUCUCUUUCCCCUGGGGCUGAUUCUCGUCGAACUUUCGCUGUGUCGGAACCUUGAAUCAUUGCGUACACUGGAAGACGCCGAUCCUCUGGAGGCAGUGGCAAACCUCAAAACUGCUGCUCGGUAUCUUCCAGUUGUGGAAAUGGAGAGUGGGUUGGGGUACGGUCAAGUGGUAAAAUGGUGUCUCUUCGGCUCAGAUACGGUAGAUACGACCUUGGAAGACGAGAUUAUGCAGGAGAAAGUAUUUGAAAAUGUAGUUGCCAGGCUGGUUGAGAACCUAUGGGACUUUUCAGGGCCCCAGCUGAGGAAGUUGGAACUGACUGGAUAA